GGGCAGGACUGAGCUGCCAUCGCCUUCCCCAGCCCGCGGCUCAUCGCACAGCCCGGUCAGCUGCAGAAUUCACCUUCCUCAUCCAGUGUCUGGACAUCAUGGACUCUCCAGCUCUCCAGCACAACGACAGCAGCUGUGGUGAAAAACCUGAAUCUGAGCGUGUUUUUCUAAACAAUUCUCAAGACAAAUCGAUGCCUUCUUGUACUUCUUCCCGACAAGAAGCCUGUGAACAUCUGGGCAAGUUGAACAAACACCAUUCAGUCUGUGCCCUGGUGCUGGCUGUGCUCCUGGCUCUGAUCCUGGCUCUGUCGGUGGCUCUGGCUGUACAAUCGGCAGGGAGCCGUGCAGCGGGGGCAGCUCUGCCUGCGGCCCCGGGGCUGGGCUGUGCCUAUGACUGGGUCGGGUACCGGAACAUGUGCUACUACGUCUCGGCGGAGGAGGGCAGCUGGAGCUGGAGCCAAGCACAGUGCUCACGGCACGGGGCAUCGCUGGCCAUGCUGCAGGAGGAGUGGGAAAUGGAGUUUCUGCAGCGCCUCAAAGGUGAUUUGGAUUGCUGGGUGGGUGUGAGGAGACAGGGUGAGCACCUGGAGCAAGUGGAUGGCAGCAACUUCACCUUCAGCUCUCUGGUCCAUGGCAAAGCAGCCUGUGUCUAUUUGAUUGAGACCUUGGUUGGAAGUUCAGACUGUUCCUUGCACCGGCCCUACAUCUGCAGCAAGCCCCAAGCUGUGACUGCAGUGGUGGAGAAAUGACCUUGUGCAGGCUGGGCACCCACAGCUUCAGCCCUUGCCCAGCUCAGAGCAGCAUAGGGAUGUCCAACCCACUGCUCCUGCUCUUGGCAACCUCCCACUGAGCUGAUAUGGAAGCUGACAAGUGCCUCAAUGGGAGCUCAGGUCUGGAGGUUUGUUGGGUUUUUUAAUUGCUUCUGUUAGCAGAUUCCAUUGAUUUUACACUGAUGCAGCUCCUGAGGUUGUGGGAGGCCUCUGGCUAUUGGUUCCUGGGCUGUGGAUGGGCCCUUUUUCCUUUCCCUCUCACUUGUUUAGAACUUUCCUUUUCUACUUUUUUAAUAAAAGCCUUUGAGCUUCC